AUGAGGAAGUCCCCGUCGUUUCAGUUUUAUUGUGAUGGUUGUGGUGAAAAAGAUGUGGACAUGGCCUACAUAUGCAGCAUAUGUGAGAUUUGGGUUCACAAGAGGUGUGCCUCGUUGCCCCUCCUUUUCCCCAAAAAUCGCCACGGCCACCACCACCACGACCUUACCCUGGCCUUCUCUUUUCCAACUAAACAUCGCAAAUUCUUUGCUCAUCUCCAAUGUGUCGCAUUCCCGACUAAGAUCCCAAACUCAGAACAGGGUGACGGUGUGGUUAAGUUCCCGCUACAUGCUCAUGACAUAGCUAAGAAGUUGAUCACACCUUUUGUAGACAAUGUAAACUGGCUCAGAAUUGGUGGAAGAACGACACAAACAACAAUGCCUAUGCCUCAAACCACUGCAAGUUUUUCGUUUUUAUUCAAUUACCACAAGCAUCAUUUGAGGCUGGUGAAAGAGUUGGCCAAUAAAGAUGAUCACAACAAAAACAUGAUGGUUGAGUUGAUCAAGAUAUGCGACGUGUGUGUGACACCCAUAUCUUCUUCUCCGUAUUACGAGUGUGCUCGUUGCAGAUAUUUCGUCCACUCCACUUGCUACUCGUUACCUAAAAUGUUCUAUCCAUCUUUUUAUUCCCCCUUAUUUGGUGGAUGCGAGACCAAUAUUUUGAAUGCAUUGAAUCAUGCAUUCAAACUCUAUACCACCUCAGAAUUGGAUAUGGAUACAAAUCUAUGCAGGUGUAAGUUGUGUGGUUUUGUCACAAAUGGGAGGGUGUAUGAGUGUAUAGUGUGCAAGAUGAUGAUAGAUGUGAAAUGUGCAGCUCUACCAUUAACCAUAAGGCACUCAUCUCACCUACAUCACACAUUCAAAUUGAUCACCAUCACUGAGUGGAAAAAAUGCUUUAUAUGCAGAUCCCACUUGAAUGAGAUGGAUAUUGGAUAUUGCUGCACCAGUUGUGAAUUUGCGUUGCACGUGAAUUGCGCUAUGCUGCCUGCGAGCAUAACAAUGCGCGAGUGGGACAGAUACCACUCGCUGAUGCUGUUAUCUGAUGCCGCUCGCGACCAUCCCUCCGACUUUAUUUGUGAUUUUUGUGAAGGGGAAUUGCAUCCCAAGAGGUGUAUGUAUCACUGCCGCCAAUGCGACGUUUCUUUCCACCUUCGGUGCCUCAAGACUGCAUCCGGUGAGUUCAGAAACGUCAAGUAUGGGCGCCAGUUCAAGUUGGAUAGGAUGCACCCUGAUCACCCUCUCACUUUCAGUUGUGUCACUAUCAAGAGAAGGUGUGACAUUUGCUCUGUGGCUGUGUAUGACUGCUGUGGAUUUGAAUGUGGAUUGUGUUACUUUGUUGUGUGCCUAAGUUGUGGUGGGAAAGAGUUGUUAGCUAACAAGAUGUAA